GUAAUAGGAUCCAUUUCUCGCGUGAGUCUCUACCGGCAUCAUCUCCAGAGAAAAUCUCAAAAACCUUAUCAAUUAAUAAAUAAAAGCCAUAAAAAACAUGAGUGGAAUCGUGAGGAAUGCCCUGCGCAUUGUUGGAGUGAAAAGUCUCGUGUCGUCAACAUCAUCCUCUCGAGUUAUCACUCCACAAUUGUCUCGAUGCCUCUGGCACAUGUCUAACCGAUCACAAAGUGAAAAUUCUGGCCUCAAACUGCUGAAAUCCUUCGAGACCUGCAGCUGUGGCUGUGGAAGGGCCCAACACACCAAGGCUGAGAAGGAACUGGUGGAGUUCUUGGCCGAGGAAAUCGUGGCUGAGAAGAAGGCGCAGAAGCUCAAGACUAUUCCAACGCAAGUCGAUGGGUUCUCCGUGUCUCUUGAUGGUGCUAAUGUUACAUUGGUGAAGAAACAGGGAGACGAAACAAUCACAAUUGCAUUCAACGUGAAUCACACAGUGGACAGCGACAACGAGCCAGAGAUCGAUGCAAAUGACGAUAAACCAGAUCUGGGUGAGAUGAGGAGUAAGCCCAACUUCUCUGUGGACAUUGAGAGGGGAAAACAGACCCUCGGGUUCUCCUGUUCUUUUAAUAAUGAACCUGGAGCAUCCGGAGCUGACGAGAGUUACAAUGACUGCUUCGGUAUCGACGAGAUCACCCUCUACGAGGGCGAGCACAAUGACAAGGUGUAUGCAGUAGCUGGUGAAGUGAUCGAUGGAUACUUGUACGAUCUUCUCAUGAACUAUCUGGAGGAGAAGGGUAUCUCAAACGAAUUCGCCGAGAAAUUGGUCGACCUGAGCACGAAUUACGAACACAGUGCGUACAUUAGUUUACUCGAGGGACUCUCCAAGUUCACAUCUGGAAAGUGAAUCUACAUUCUUUAUAUUCCAUAAAAUGUUCCAAGUAAUUGUUUAUUAUCUGUAAAAUACACCUACUGAGAAUAAAUGAAAAAAAUCUGGA